AUGCCUGACGGCAUUCAGGAUCGCACUGUGAAUCCGAUUUUUACUCUGGUAUGUCGUCAAAUCGUCCAUCUGACCGUGCUCGCCGAACUAAUUUUGGCGCCAAUCCUGAUCUAUGUCAUCCUCAAUUAUUCGCGACAAGUUCAGAGCUACAAAUACUUUUUGUUGAACAAUAUUAUUUGGUGCUUGACGUAUGCAAUGUUGGUUGCUUCGACCAAUGCGCACAUUCGAUUCCCAGCGCCCUGCAUCACGUUUGCGCCCCUUUUUUUGGUCCAAAAUUUCCCUGCAACCGCAAUGUCUGCGGCGUUUCUGGGCUGCGGCUUGAACAUGGCGAUCAGCACGGCGUGGGGAUUGGUGCAGCGACUGGCGUUUGUAAGUUGUUAGUGAAAUGAGAAAGCUUUCCUUUGCGGAGUUUUCGUGUCGCAAAAUUUCCGCGUCUCGAAAAGUCGUGACGCGGAAUGAAAAACUUGAAUUCUUGAAGAAAAUUGGCUAGAAAAUCAAAGUUUUUCAAUGCCUUUUUACACGUCAAAUUUUUUCCCCUUGCUCUCGGGACCACAAUUAGCUUCGACGAGGGUGUACUGUGACGGACCUGCUCUAGUGGCAAAAAACGUACCAUUUUGGAGCCGGGAAGUAUCAAAAAAAUGUGGCAAAAUGCCUCCCUCGCCAACUAGAAAAACUCCGUUUUGAAGAGCUUCCCCUCGCUUAAAGAUCAUUUUUUUCUCCAAAGAUACAGUGAGGGACCUGAUCCAAUGGCAAAAAACGUCUCCUUUUGCAUCCCGGAAGGGGCCAAAAUGACUCCAAACCCUUCCCUUCCCUAAGCUAAAAAACUCCGCUUUGAAAAGCGCGCCCUUUCCUUCAAGGCGGGCUCUUCAAAGCGGGGUUUUUCAGCUUAGAGAAGGGAAGGGUUUGGAGACAUUUUGGUCCCUUCCGGGAUGCAAAAUGACACAUUUUUUGCCAUUGGAUCCGGUCCCUCACUGUAACCUGAUUACACAUGGAAGAUGGUGUAGAAUGGGUUUAUUGCAUACAUAGGUUUGAAGCUGGACUCCUGCUUAACCCUUUCCGGACGAGUCGGCACCUCCAUACAGAAAUGAAAGAGGGUACUGUAGUGAGUAAUAAUAUAAUAGUGGUUCAGCCCAUCGAAGCGUUAUUUGGGACUUAUGACAAAAAAUGUCCUAAACGUAGUGGACGUUUUUGUCCCCACCCCGGUUUUGUCCCCAAGACGGUUUUGUCCCCAGGACGUUUUUGUCCCCACUUUUUUCGAGCCUUUUUGUCCCCAGACCGGUUUUGUCCCCAGGACGGUUUUGUCCCCAAGACGUUUUUGUCCCCACUUUUUUUAUUUUUUGUCCCCACACCGGUUUCGUCCCCGGGACGUUUUUGUCCCCAAGCUGGAUAGUACGAUUAAAAAUUAUGCAUUCAGAUGUUAAUGCUGUUGGUUUGAAGCCCCGCACUUCCCAAAAAAUGUGUUUUUAGCACUUGGUACUGUAUAGUACAAGGUGGUACUAUAUAGCACGAGGUAAAAAUUAAGCCAUAACACGUCAAUGCUAUGGGGUUGAAGCCCAGUACUUCUCAAAAAUGUGUUUUAGCACAUGGUACUAUAUGCACGAAUUUGUUUUUGCACAAAAUGAACGUCUGAUCACUACUGCUUACCAAAACAACGUCAUUCACGCGUUAAAGCUUAAUUUUUACCUCGUGCUAUAUAAUACCACCUUGAACUAUACAGUACCAAGUGCUAAAAACACAUUUUUUGGGAAGUGCGGGGCUUCAAACCAACAGCAUUAACAUCUGAAUGCAUAAUUUUUAAUCGUACUAUCCAGCUUGGGGACAAAAACGACCUGGGGACAAAACCGGUGUGGGGACAAAAAAAUAAAAAAGUGGGGACAAAAACGUCUUGGGGACAAAACCGUCCUGGGGACAAAACCGGUCUGGGGACAAAAAGGCUCGAAAAAAGUGGGGACAAAAACGUGCUGGGGACAAAACCGUCUUGGGGACAAAACCGGGGUGGGGACAAAACCGGGCCCAAUCGUCCUAAAAAGUACCCCCGGUUGACAUAACCCUUAUAAAAUUUUACUAACGACCUGUAAAUGAGAAAGAUGUUGCGAUUUUGCCGAUUUCUCCAAGAGUUUCCCUCGCCCUUGUUUGAAGUUUGAUGGAAACAUAGUCUGGAACAAGGCGGAUUUUUUGAGCCUAAAACGAAAAAAAUCAAACGAGCCAGUUUCGAGAUGGAAAAUCUCUUCAUUUUACGCAAUAUUUCGCCUUUCGUCUGACCUCGUCCAAAAAAAUCGUCAUUGAGACGGACUUUUUGGAUACUUUCAUAAACGGAAACAGAAUGCCAACUUUCGUGUUGAGAGAUAACCCUUUGAGCGCAAAAUCUUGACGUGCCCGGCAAUUCUUCUUUUUCUAAUUCGAACUUUCAGGCCACAAAUGGGCCGUUUGUCCGCCGUAUUCGGCGACAUCCUCAUCGCUAUGUACUGGCGAUCAUUGCGUACCAUAUUCUAGUCACAACAACCUACCUCUAUGCCUUUCAAAAGGUCGUAAUUACGGACAGAGAGCGUCUCUACGACGAGUUCACGAUGCGAGUUCCUCACCUCAAAUUCCUUGCGAACACGACCCUCUACGCGUGCGUGGAGUACCUCCCGAAUACCCGGCUAUAUUGUUAUUUGACCGCGCUGGUCUGUAUCUUCUUCAUUUGCCUGGAAUUCAUCGCAUUCGCGGUUUUGUAUCGGGAAGUUCAUCGGAAUUCGGCCAAACUCUCGCUGCAAACCCAUCGAAUGCAGUUGGUCCUGCUGCGGGCGGUCGCAUUCCAGCUCCUCAACUACUUUGUCAUCGUCAUUCUGCCCGUCGUUUUGUCGACUAUCGCGUUCGGCGUUCAAUUCAAAUACACGGAAGAGCUGACUACGUUGACGGAGACGUGUUUGACGCUCCAUGGAAUCAUCGAUUACGUCUGCAUCCUCUACUUUAUUACGCCCUAUCGACGGGCAGUUGGACGGCUGGUUCGUUGGCAAAAGAAAGUAAAGAGUGAAAGUGUUGUGGUGGCUACAAGAAGACUGAAUGUUAGUCAAAGAUCUAUUUGA